GUAGUGUCAAUGCGCCUGUUUGGAAGAGUCUGUGAAGGUGAAUUUCGUGAUGCACAUGCACUGCACGUUUGCGGUGGGUUGAAUGACGCCGCAGUCCAUGGCAAACAUCAGAAAAUCUUAAUUCGAACUGGCCGUAGCACUGCAGAACCAAGAUUUGUCUUCCAACCGCGACAGUUGUGUAGAGAUUACGUUUUUGCCUCGUCAACUUUGGACCUGAUGGGUAGCAAGUGCCACAGAGUAAUAUGUGAUUGCAUUAACGGAACACUUUUCUGAAAAGUUCCUGCCAUGCCGCGUUGAGCCGUUCACCGUGACUUGUCAAUUCACGCAAGGGUACUGUUGGAGCAACACCUUUGUGCAGCCUCCGUCGUGAAGGUAAUAGCAUCCACAUGUAGUUGAACCAGUCCAGUAGUUGCAGUGAGAUUUUGGUCCGAAACGGUUCUUGUUGUUAGUAGGCCUAACAACGAAAAGCGGCUGGUGGGCAGUUUCAGAAAAAAUCGGACGAAGCCAUGAGUGCCAGAGUUUUGCUCCAGCGUGCAAUUUUUGCCAGUGCGAUUUGGAAUGAUAUUCUUUCAUCUUCUUUCCAGCCUAGAUGGACACCAGAUGGGAGCACCUUCAUAUCGCGUCCUGUGUAAGAGCCCGUUAGUGCAGGUUCUGCAGUAUCCCUUCCCCAUGCAGGAGACAGCCUGAGUGAAAGACAAGUGACGUGGACUUGCUGCAAGGAUGGUUAGGGAAUGCUUCACCCUGCGUCUUUUCCCUUUAUAGGCUUUGUGUAGAUUGCAUUUCCUGAUGACGCAGCUGUGAGUGAAGCUCGGGGCUGCAAAUUCGGGAGCGAUUAGGACGCCACGGAACCGACGCGGAAAAGCCUUUCUCCCAAUGGCCUGCGCCGGGCAGCAACUUCACGCAGUUCCGCCCAGUCUGAAAGCACCGGUACCGGUAUCCUUGUCCUUGUGUGUUGCAUGCAGGCCCUCAAUUCCAGCUGAGGCAGGGUGUGCCUGCCUUCAUGUUGUGCUCCGCAUUGCCAGGCUGAGCCGGCUGGCCAAAAAGAAGUGGCGAAACUUGGUGGACAGACCGACAGGUGGCUUUCAAGAAUAGCCUCAUGCACCUUCCAGUAGUUCAGAAGACCCAUGUGGAACCUGGGUAGCGGAGUGGGGAAAAAGGAGCUCGGAAUUCCUUUUGGAAGAUUUGGAAGUUGCCAACUUGUGGCCCCGCAUUUGACCCCAUAAUAAUGCGCGUUUUGCUUGAAUGUUUGGCGACACAUUUAUAUCCUGCCACCGUGUUUUUUAACCCAGAAAAAUUCAGAAGUGACUUCAAGUACGACUUGCCUCCAGCUUCAAAGGACAACACACUGUCACCACAGUCCCAAACCCACACAACAGCCAAUGGGAAAAAGAUGGAAAAAACAGUUGUCGCGUGCCUAGAUGGAGGAAAGAAAUGUCAACCCACAGUCUCCAGAUAGCUGGUUUCUGAUGGAUAGAAGGGCCUGUUGAAAUUUGAUGUAGACUUUGGGGAGUGCAUUUGCCACAUGCACCCGCCGUAUUUGAGAAGAUGACUUUGUACGUGUCGUCGAGAAAGUCGCCUUGGGGUACACCGUUCACUGCAUCAGCGGAGGACUGUGAGCCAGUCGAGCCCGUCCUGCAAGACAUAUCCCGAAGAGGGCCGGGGAACACGGAAAACGUGCAGAUAGACGUGCAGAAAUGGAAUGAAAUCACCGCGACAGAGGGAGUGCAGCGGAAGGACAGCCAAGUAGGAAGCGAAGGCAAGAUGAUGGAGGACUGUGCCGGACUGAGAGCCUUCAUGAUGCCAUGGAGACAUGAUGAGGUCGCGUUGCGGGGUUUUACUGUACAAAGCUUUGGUUUUGUCCACUUUGGGUGCUGGGACAGUGCGUAGCAGAUCCACAACUUGACUCCGAAGUCGUGUCUCUUUUUUAGGACAAUGGACAGUUUCUUUCUCUUUGGUGUUAGGUUUGUUUGUCGGACGGUCCCUGAUGGCGAUGAGAGUCAACAGGAUCUUAAAAUCGAACAUGAUGUGGGUUGUGAGCAGGGUUGGUCAUUGCUGUAGCUGCUUGCCUUGUAGGCAAAACAUGAAGUUCGAUCUUUGCGCAAUAAACGACAACAAAA